AUGGAUGCGUAUGAGAUUCACUAUGGUACCAGCGGAUUCCGCUUCACAAUUGACGACCCUAAAACUCUGAAAUCAUGGAAUCAAGAUACUGGAAUCGUGAAUUUGGAAGAUUUACCCCCUUUUAUAAUAUACAGGUGUGGAAUAGCACUGGCUAUAAUCGCAAAUUCCAAUAUAGACACAAACAAUUCAAAAAAUAAAUUCAUCGGCACCGUUAUUACAGCAUCACACAAUCCAUAUAAAGAUAAUGGAAUAAAAAUGUUUGGUUCUGAUGGAUAUUUAAUUAAUGAAUUCUGGGAGAAUGAACUUGAAAAGUUGGUCAAUUGUAGAACUGAUUUUCAACAAUAUUUGUUUGAUAACAUGGAAAAGUACAAUAUCAGAUGUAGUAAAGAUGACUCAGAAAGGGUGAUAUUGAUUGGGAGAGAUAACAGGGAAAGCGGAUCUGAGAUUGUCAAAAUAUUAAUUUCAGGAAUAUAUUAUGGGGAAAAGGUCUUUGGGAAAGUAAAAUUCAUUGAUAUGGGAAUAAUUUGCACUGCAACAUUAGCUUGGUGUGUGAGAUUUGCUAAGGUAGAUCAGGAAGAUUAUUAUAAAAAUCUUUCAAAUAAUUGGGACCUGCUAAUUACUAAUAUAAAACAAACUCACAUAAAUAAUAAUUUGGACAGGGGUAUAUUGAUAAUAGACACUGCACAGGGAUCAUUUUCUACAAAGACUGAAUUCCUUAAAAAUUCACUAAUCAAACUAGGAAUAUCUACACAAUUUUACCAUUGUGAUCAUUUGAAACCUAUAAAUGAUGAAUGUGGAUCUAAUUAUGUAAUGUCAAAGAAGUUGCCUCGUGAAAUUUUGAAUAAAAUAAAUAUACUUAGAGGAUAUAGAUGUGUAUCAUUUGAUGGAGAUGCUGAUAGAUUAAUUUAUUAUAUUGCAGAUGAUUUACCUAAAAUUGCAGAUGGAGAUUACAUUCUUUGUUUAAUUAUCAAAUGCAUUGCCAACAUACUUUCAAAUUAUAACACCGAUGAAUUAACAAUCGGGAUAGCACAAACACAGUAUUCAAAUAUAUCAUCCACUAAUUUCAUAUUUGAUAUAUUUGAUAAAUUACCUAUAAAUAUCAAAUGCAGGCAUAUAUACACAGAGUGUGGAGUUAAGCAUUUGAAACGAGCUAUUAAUGGAUUUGACAUUGCUAUAUUAUAUGAAUCUAAUGGACACGGGGAAUUGAUUGUUAACACAGCUAAUGUACCAAGCGAGUUAUUUUACUUGUCAAACAUUUCCAAUAUAGCAAUGGGAGAUUCGGUUUCAAAUUGUUUAAUGGUGGAAGCGUGUUUAUGUAUGUUAAACUUAAGUAUCGAUGAAUGGCUAGAAUUUUACAAACCAAUCCCAUUUAUUCUAUCGCAAUUACCUUUGGAUAACAUAUAUCGAAAUAAUUUCAUGAAUUUACUACCAAAAAUUGUACGAUAUGGGAAUCAUAUCUUCUCAGGCCACCACAAAAGCAGAUUCUUGAUUAGAUUAUCCGGAACUGAAAGUUGCAUCAGAGUAUUUGUAGAGUCAAAUAAUUGUGUGGAAUUGUCUAGGCAAUUGGAAGAUAUGAUUAGACAAACUAUUGCAAAUAUUUGUUAUUUAUAA